UUUUGGAUAGAAAGUGAAAGCUCAGGGCAUAAAUUGGAGCUGGUGGCAACCUCACACAGCCUCACAUCCUCUUGUCUCUGGACCUCACAGAACAUUAGGACGCCUGCUUCCCAUCACUCCACGGCACACCCCACAGAUCCUCAGCCUCUCAGAUUCCUGCACACACACAAGAACUCUCAGGCUUACACGCUCUCUGUGGCCUGCCUCAGAUCAGUCUCCAUGGCACUCCGGGUGGCCCCACUACUGGCCUUCAGCCUGCUGGUUCUCGGGACCUUCCUAGCCCCAGCUCUUGGGGGUGCUAACGAUGCUGAAGAUUGCUGCCUGUCUGUGACCCAGCGCCCCAUUCCUGGGAACAUCGUGAAAGCCUUUCGCUACCUUCUUAUCAAGGACGGAUGCAGGGUGCCUGCCGUUGUGUUCACCACACUAAGAGGCUACCAGCUCUGCGCACCCCCAGACCAGCCUUGGGUAGAACGCAUCAUCCGGAGACUGAAGAAGUCCUCUGCCAAGAGCAACCGCAACAGGAGUUAACCAUGGCAGCACCCGAGGGAGCCCUGUGUCUUGAGCAAAGGGAUAUGAAUCUUCCUGGCCCAAGGAACCAAGGACCAGGCCUCCCGAUGCUCUGCUCCAGACCUGACCCAGCCAGGGCUGUGCCUAGAGAAUCAAUGUGAAUGUGAGUGUGAACGAGAUUGUGAACAAGCCCAGCCUCUCCGUGGCUAGACUGCAGUGCUUCCAAUAAAGCUGUUUGGUACCCA